GCAGCAUACAGUCGCGCUCAGUCUUGCCAGUCGUUCGCACAAAGCUAAUAUUAUUGGAGCUAAGACCACACGAUCUAAGAGAGAAAUGGAAAAUAUUUUCAAACCUUGGACAGUUUGCAUUCUAUUGGUAUCUCUGUAUCCAGUAUAUCUGGAUGCGUGUGAUCCCGAGACAGAAUAUGAGAAGAAUGGGGAGUGCUGUAAAAUGUGUGGACCGGGGACCCGAAUGAGCUCUGAUGCAAACUGCAAUGAUCCAGUGUGCAGUCCCUGUGAGAAGAACGAGUAUCAGGAAGGCUACACCAAGGCGAUGAAAUGCAAACUGCAGCCCAACUGUGACCAAAAUUUGAAUUUUGAGCAGGAGCCAUUGGAUCGCACCAUCAAAAGACCCUGUAGGUGCAAGAAGGGGUUCCACUGUGCCGGGAAUGGGUGCCACAAAUGCAUUAAGAACACAGAGUGUGGAAAAGGACAUGGAGUCCUUAAAAUGGGUACUCAGGAAAAUGACACUAUCUGUGAAGUGUGCCCCCCUGGAACUUUCUCCAAUGAUAGCUCUGCAGUUGACAGAUGCGGUCCAUGGACAAAGUGUGGACCGGGAUUCGUGGAAACAAAGAGCGGGACGUCCACAUCAGACGUGGUGUGUGCGGAACAAGCCAAUGGCAGUUUGAUCGUCAUUGUGGUCGUAGCGAUUGCAGCUGCAGUUGCAGUUGCUGUGGGGCUUUUGUAUUGUUUAAGGAAAGAAAGCUGCCAUUCUGUCAUCUGUAAGCUCAACGGUCAAAUCAAAAAGUGCAAUGAAAACAUCAACGAGGGCAAAGCGGACCAGCCGUUAGUCCACCCACAGGACGUUGAGGCUCAGGAGAAACAGCCAGAGGAGGACGAGGAGCGCGUGGAGGACGAGGAGCGCGUGGAGGACGAGGAGCGCGUGGAGGCCCAAGAGGGCACGGCGGUCCAGGAGGCAGGCGUGACGGAGAAUGCCAACCCAGUGAGGCAGGAGGUGGGCAAAACGGACCACGCUCCGCAGCCUGAAACCCAAGGAGCCUUAGAGAAGUGCUAUACAGAGCACCCGUGUUGACACCGCUAGUACUGACCCUCUGUCAGCAUGCAGGACACAGCUGCAGGAAGACAGGGAAAUCCUGUAGGACAUUGAAUGGGACUGGGUUUGGUUCUUUUCUCUGGCCUGUGGUAUUGGACAUCUGGCUGUAUUGGGCUGAAAACAGAAAAGAUGACCAAAAAAUAAAGCAAAUUAAGAAACUGAGUGGUCCUUAAGGCUGGGAAAAAGAGCCAGAUUGUCUGGACUGGAUGGUCAGACCCUCCUUACCCCUCACCCCCAGCAUUACUAAUAAGAGGGUCACUGAGAAUUCAACUGUACCAUAAGCAAGCAACUGAUGCCCUUAAAUGGAUGUUGUCUGGGCCUUUCAGACUCUUUAAUGCACGUAGUUUACAAGACUUAAAUCUGUGUAAUUGAGUCUGCUCUUAAAAUUCUCUGCAAACAGUUGCAUCAUGAUCAGCAGCUACACACCUCCAUCUUUGUGACUUGCUCUUUUCAUGCUUAACUGUUUAUGGGUUCAUUUUUUAAACCUCCAUGCGGAGAAAGCGGCAUUUCCUAUCACAUACUGAUUAGAGAACUCUCAUAAAUAUGAAACACUCUUGAAUUUGCGGGCUGUAUGCAGGUGCAUACAUAUAUGCAGGCAUCUCCAUACGUGAUUUCACAAACAGUCUCAUCACAUCUGGUUCAGAUCUGUCAAUAUGUAUACUUCCCAAAGCUUUCUGUGCAUCCCUGACAUCAGGAGCUCUGCUUCUACUCACAGCAGUUACCCAUCUCUUUCUGCAGAGAAUGCUUUUCAUUCUUUAGUGUUACUGAAAGAAAACAUUCACGACACACAUGUUGCUAGCAGACUGACACUUUACUGACAUUUAUCU